CAUGCCGCGCGGUAACUUUUACCCGUUGAUCCGUUGGCAGGGAGCCUGACGUAGUAGUAGAAAGGAAACGGUUUCCCGUGCUGAUCGCGGUUUCUUCCGAGUUCCGCUUUUCCGGAAGCGAGCGUCGUGCGGACUUGUGCACCCGCAAAACAGCGUACAACGGGUCUGUAUGGACUUUCCUCGUCGCUCGCACAGGAGUCUCGGGUACGACGGUCACUGUAUAUAACUGCGUCCGCAUGCGUAAUAAUUGUCUCCUUACUCGACGGGCCGAUCGAAAUACAUUGUCCGACCAGAGAGCACUCUCGGGGUACUCCGCGAAGGAAGGGAUGUUGCUGUAAUGGCCGCCGUGUCAUUCAUUUCAAUGAAGGUGCCGAGCCAGUUUUGUGGUGCCACAAUGGAGGAUAGCUGCAGCCCCGCGUCUCAGAAUCACAACGGCCAGCUGGCCGGCGGCGCGAACGUUUCUCUCACCAACAACAAGCAUCAGGGCGGCAGCGACAAUGGCAGCAACGGAGACGCCAAGGACCAGCGGCCGCAGUAUUCGAUGCCUGGCAUUCUGCACUUUAUUCAACACGAGUGGGCCCGCUUUGAGCUUGAGAGGUCACAGUGGGAGUUGGACAGGGCGGAAUUUCAGGCUAGGAUAGCUUUUCUUCAGGGUGAAAGAAAAGGACAGGAAAAUUUGAAGAACGACCUUGUGAGGAGAAUAAAAAUGUUAGAAUAUGCACUUAAACAAGAAAGAGCGAGGUAUCAUAAAUUAAAAUAUGGCACCGACUUAGUAAUGCAAGAUGUCAAACCAUCUCUUUACGAAGAAAGUACCUCGUGCAAUAUCUCUGAAAGUGGUAGUGGUGGUGGUGGUGGUAGUGGUGGUGGUGAUGGAGAAGCUUCAUUUACUUCUGUCAGUAAUGUUAGUUGGAGACAAGGUCGUCAACUUCUAAGGCAGUAUUUGCAAGAGAUUGGAUAUACUGACACAAUAAUAGAUGUACGGUCAAACAGAGUACGAUCUCUGCUUGGCUUAAACAAUAACACAGACACAGAAGAGAUGAAUACUCCAGCGUUAAAUGGAAAUGAAGGAGUGACACAGGAUAAGCAAGAAUAUAAUGAAAGUCUCUUACUCCGAGGAAAACAACAGCGUCCUCCCAACAAAAAGCAGCAGCCAUCUUCUAUAGCAGAGGCAAUGAUAUUAGAUACGGAAGCGGCUGUUAUAGCGAAUUUCGAAUUUUUGCGUCACACAGAUAUGGACAUGGAAGAAGAGGAAGGAGAUGUAGAAGACGAAAUUUACGAUGCAAAUACAGAUACCAAACCAAAUAAAGCAUCUAUUCCUCUUCUAGCGGAGGAUGUUGAUACAGAUGCAGAGGCAGAAGAAGUAUUAAACGAAUUAAACCUUCUCACAGAAAUCGAAGAAUCACCGCCUGGUUCUAUUCAUUUGGAAAUGAAUUCUUCAGAAUGGAAUGCAGCAUUACAUAGAGGAUUGCAACCAGACCCGAGACGUCCAAAUAAAGAAGGUGAUUCUACAUUGGAAUUAGGAGAAUUAGAACAAUUAUGUGUUAACAACGACGCAGAAAUAUCGUAUGAUAUGGUUUCCACCACAAAAGAAACGUUCAGGAAAACAUGGAAUGCGAAAUACACGUUACGAUCGCACUUUGACGCUGUCAGGGCACUCGUCUUCCAUCCCACAGAUCCAGUCCUCAUCACCGCGAGCGAUGAUCAUACGCUAAAGUUGUGGAAUCUUCAUAAAACUGUACCAGCGAAAAAGUCAGCCUCGUUAGAUGUAGAACCACUUUACACAUUUAGAUCACACACUGGUCCUGUAUUGUGUCUGGCCAUGUGCAGUAUGGGCAAUCGAUGUUACAGCGGUGGUUUAGACGGCAAUAUUCAUUGCUGGACGCUUCCAUCAGCUAACAUUGAUCCAUACGACUCGUAUGAACCAAGUGUCCUUAGUCAUACAUUAACAGGACAUACGAAUGCUGUUUGGGGCUUGAGCAUGUAUUUUCGUACCAUGCUGUCGUUUAGUGCAGAUGGAACUGUAAAAUUGUGGGCCCCACAGACCCCACAACCUCUUCUUAAUACGUAUGUUUCAGAACAAGACGGUAUACCAACUUCAGUUGAUUUUAUCAGGGACGACCCGCACAAGCUGGUCGUAGCUUAUGAAGGAGCUUGCGUGGUAUUUGAUACUGAAACCGGCGCGAUCGUGGCGCGACUUGAGGCGAACGAGACGAAAGGCGUGAAUCGCGUAGUAGCACAUCCUACGUUACCGCUCGUUGUAGCCGCACAUGAAGAUCGGCACAUUCGAUUUUACGAUCACCGGUCAGCUACUCUUGCUCACGCAAUGGUAGCGCAUUUAGACGCAGUUACUAGUCUCGCUGUAGAUCCUCAUGGUUUAUAUUUACUUUCAGGAAGUCAUGAUUGCAGUAUAAGAUUGUGGAACAUGGAUAACAAGACUUGUGUUCAGGAAAUAACAGCACAUCGGAAGAAAUUUGAUGAAAGCAUUUUGGACGUAGCGUUCCACCCAUCACGACCGUUUAUAGCGAGCGCCGGUGCCGACGCUCUCGCCAAAGUGUUUGUGUGAAAUGUGUAAAAUCCAAGAUACACUCGCUACAUCAAAAUAAUUUCUACUAUUACAUCAAAUCGAGCAGUUUUUGUAUUCGUAUUCAUUUUAAAUAGCUUUAUAUAACUUUAUGUGUCUCCACCGUACAUACGAAACAUACACA